AUAAACUCGGUUGAGUUUUCCGUGGUAUCUGAAGAGAAACUCAAUUUGGCUGUUCAACUGGCCAAAAGGGAUGUGAAGCGAAGACAUCUGGAGGAGCAAGUGAGACAGCAUCUGCUCAGCGAGAGCAAGAUUGUACCUGCUCGCCCUGGGGGGCCUGGGCAGACCAGAAGGAAGGAAUCUGAAAAUGUUGCAGGGUCAAGAGCAUCAAACUUCCUCCAAAAGGAUGAACGCCAGCUUGGCAAUUGUUCCAUACUGGAGACAACCAGCUCUGGAGCUAAAGUCUACCUCUACACCCCAAGUCGGAUCAAAUCGAAAGCUGCUUCAUCUGAUUCGCCCCCCACCCGUGACCCAGGACCUGGGCCCAGAAAGGAGGAAGAUAAGACCGCCCUGGAGGUCAGGCGGCUCCAAAAGGAGCUACAGAACUACAUCCAGAAAAUAGAAGAGCUGGCCAAAAAAGAGAGAAGUGAAGAAACUUUGGACCCUGACGAAGAGCGCCGUGUCCGUGUUCGGAGGCAGGAGCAGGCUGUGCGCUCUGCACGAAUGCUGUAUGUGCUGCGGCAACAGGUAAAAGAAAUCCAAGAAGAGCUGGAGAAGCUAAGUCCUCAGAGAAUCAAACACACAAGGAAGUCACGAGCCAUGGCCAGGCUGGCAGCAGCUCAUAGAGGUGCAGUCCGGGCUUUGCAGAUGUUUGCUGCUCACUUUGCCAGCCAAUCAGAACACCAUCCGGCUCCCGCCCACUGCAAGGAACUGGGCAACCUCAUCCGGCAGCUGUCCCUUUGCUCUGCCCGCCUCGAGAUGGGAUCCUCUGUCCCUGACGUCAUCAUAGAUUUACUGCUGCAAAUAGAGGAUUUGGAUUCUUUGCUGUCCAAGAAGGAGUCACCCAAGAAAGGGAAGAAAUGGCCUUCUGCAUCUCAGGCUGAGCUGCCAUUGAGCAGGGACAGGGUGCCAAGCAGAGAGAAGAAAGUUGGUGCACUGGAGCCCAAAAAGCCACCGGUGGCCAGAAGACUUCUCCCUUCCAACUAUGAAGGUGGACAAGAUUUUAUGGAUGACCACCAGCAGACUGAAGAGGUGUGGUCACCAGAAAAGAUGGCAGAUCACUCCAGCACAACAGCCCAGGAGAAUCUGCCGAUUCCAGAGCAAGGUGGAGCUCUUCAGGGCAGACCCAGGGAGGCCUUGGGAAGACUCGGGCCUGUGAAAAAGGCCUCUGGACUCAAAGGUGGCCCACUGAAGAAGAAAGGAGUGGCGUUUUCUGCCAGACCUCAGGGAAGUUGUCGACCUCAGAGGCCGAAAGCUGAGCAGCCUCAAGCCAAGCACACCCGGUUUCAAGACACCACCGUUGCAUUCCGGCUCAAGGAGACCAAGCCGCCUGUUCGAGAGAGCCGGAUCCCCUGGGUGCCUCCCAGCCCCACUUCCCCUCGAGGGUCUCCUCAACGGCACCCUGAUGGAAGUUCCCGAAACAGAGAGGCCAUUUUAGAGAGAGAGAGAACAGAAGAGGGAAGACGAGCCAUGGAAAAACCAGCUGUCAGUGGUGUUCACAGGACUGAGGGCACCUCUUCAAAGGAGAUCAUGGAUAAGAUGGAGAGAGAGAUUCGAGAGCGGCUGGAGCCCCUCUUGGAGAAAGCACAGAAGGUGAAUCUCUCCUUGGAGAGAAACAUUCGCUUGAAGGAGCCAUUAUUGGAAAGCCAGGCGCCACCCCAGGAUGUCGGGAAGGCUGCAGCUGAGGCCGGUAUCUCAAGCAGCCUUUUGGAGGCCUCUGCUCUAGAACAGAGCCAGAAGGCAGGACGUGAGUCUCUCUCCGCCCUCGGUGCCCCAGACCUGGAGAUGAUGCUUCAGAGGAUGGAGGAGAUCGAGAGCUCCCAAGAGCAAAUGCGAAGGAAGUAUAACCAGAUCGUCUAUUCUGACCCUGAAUUCUGGGCGCAGGAAGAGAGAAGGGAGAAUGCAAUUGCAGCAAGAGAGAAAUCUCCUGGGGCUCCCCACCCCAUCCAGAUAACGAAGCUGGAAGGUCACAGUGAGCCACAAGUGGACAUUGUAUUAGAAAGGCCCUUGGACGCAAAUGCUGUUGAGGAGGACGUAGAGCCAGAUGAGAGACUGGAGUCCAGAACUCAGACCGCGCAGACAGCUACUUGGGACACCUCCCAGCGGAAGCAGCCCUGCACCUUCCUCUCUGUACCCAAGAACAUGCUCCAAAGCAUCCAUGAUUACGGUGCCCGGUAUGAUCAGCACCUCAGGUGCAUUUCCCAUGAGGAGGUGGGGAACUUCAGUCCGUGGCACAUUGCACAGAGCUUGGCAGAGGAGCUGACGGAAGAGGCCCUGGCGGACGUGGCAGCUGAGCUGCAAGACCUGUGCGAGGAUUACGCAGAAGCCGUUUUUACCUCUGAGUUCUUGGAGGCGGCCGAGUGAUGGUGACUUCUUCGGUGGGUGUUAGCCGAGCAGAGCUGCGCUGGGUCAGUCCUCACCCUGGAAAAACGGCCUCGGGCCUGCAAAGAACCCUGUUACUCUUAAUGUGGGCAAUAUCUCGGGGAGGGGAUUUGGCAAUUCCUGUGCCGCCUUCCAUUGUGCCUUGGUGACAAUACAGUCUGGGCUUAACGUCGAAGAAGUAAAGGAUACUGGAGUUUUUGGGACUGGCUCUCUGCCCCUGAGUGCUUGUAGCAGAAACCAGCAGUUCUGGGCUGU